AAGAGAGAUCUGCCCUAUAAAAUCCCUCAACCCUAAAUCUUUAGGGUUUUGAACAGCCGACGAAGAGCUCCAGAUCUCAUUCCUCCUCCUCUUCAAUCAUCAUCAGCCAUGCCGAAGCAGAUUCACGAGAUCAAGGACUUCCUUCUCACGGCGAGGAGGAAGGACGCGAGGUCGGUGAAGAUCAAGAGGAGCAAGGACGUGGUCAAGUUCAAGGUCCGCUGCUCAAGGUACCUGUACACGCUCUGCGUUCAUGACGCUGAGAAGGCUGAUAAGCUCAAGCAAUCUCUCCCUCCAGGUUUGACCGUCCAAGAUCUUUGAAGCUUGGUAGUAGAUGGUUUAUCAGCCUGCACCGUUGGACUUUAGCAUUUUCUGAAACUUCAUCUGAUUAUGUUGGUAUUCAGUACUUAUAAUAUUUUCGCUUUGCUGGAAUUAUGUUUUCUUUUCCGAGGACAAAAGUUUGGUGAUGAUUGGAACUUCCUAGUGAGCAAAUUUUGUAGCAUGUUGAAGUUUUUUACUUAUCAAACUCGUUUUUAACUGUUGGCCUUGAGCAGAAAGGUGGGUUGGUUAUUUUGUUGCU